AUGGCCGAUGCGAAAGCUUGGGGCAGGCCACAGCCACGCCAGGCACCGGACGUGCCCUACCACAAUCCGACGGCGUCGAACCCGAUACUGCGAGGAUGGUCGUUGGCAGUGGUGACUACAGUUCUCUCAUCCUCACCGAUGUUGCAAGGGGUGCUUUGGCGCAUGAACAGCUUCGACAAGCUGAAGGAGCUGCCCGCUCUGCAGGGCAUCGAACCUCGAUUCGAUCCAACCGUGGUCCCCAAAGACGCCGAUGGCGACGUGCUUGCGUCCGUGAGAGAGCUCUCCGCCCCACAGAAAAGAAAGACGCCCACCUCGUUCUAUACCUCUGCCGACUUUGUCGAGCUGUACAAGGCUGGUACCUUGACUCCGGUAGACGUUGUGGAGCAUCUUCUGCCGCUCAUUCGUCGAGACACAAAGCCUCCGGGCAAGUACUCUGUUGGCUGGAUCUCGGUGCGCGCGGAUCUGAUCCUGGAAGAGGCUAAAGCCUCCACGGAGAGAUAUAAGGCCGGAAAUCCCUUAGGUCCUCUGGACGGCGUGCCGAUCGCUGUGAAGGACUCUUGCGAUAUUACAGGAUACAAGCAGACCCAGGGUUGCCCCGUGGAUUUUACUGGUCCUGGAGAUAAGACUGCUUGGGCCGUCGCCAAAUGGCAGGAGGCCGGCGCCGUCAUUCUGGGUAAAACCAACAUGCAUCCGUACGGUCUCGAUACAACCAAUGUCAACGCUACCUUCGGUACCCCUCGGAAUCCCCAUAACCCGGCCUACUUCCCCGGCGGCAGCUCCGGAGGAUCGGCCUAUGCGCUUGCUUCGGGUAUCGUGCCUAUCGCGCUCGGCUUUGAUGGUGGAGGCAGCAACCGAAUACCAGCGAGCUUCUGUGGCAUGUAUGGGUUGAAGCCCACCCAUGGCCGCGUCUCCUCUCGUGCAGGUGAUGAACCUCAGCAGUCCGUCACCGUUUGCGGCCCUCUCGCCUCGUCCAUAGAUGAUCUCGCCCUCGCCUACCGCGUAAUGGCGCAACCAGACUCGCUCUCUACGACCAGUGUUGCGUUUCCCUCGUCCCUCGUAGCCCCUCGCUCCAGUCCAACAGGUCCGAAACGCCUCGGCAUCAUGCGCUCGUGGAUCGAAAGGUCUGACCCCGACGUCGUCGCCGCCUUCGAUCACGCCGUAGCCCACCUGACCAAAACCCAGGGUUACGAGGUCAUAGACAUCACUAUCCCACUCCUGCCGGAAGGGCAGAAGGCGCAUGCCAUGACUAUCGUCAACGAAGCUCGCGCUUACCUGUCUCCUAAGCAAUACGCUGCGAUGAACUACCACACCCAGCUGCUCCUAGCCACGAUGACAGGCCGCGCCACUGGGCAGGACUUCUUGUUCGCGCAGCGCUUGAGGUCACUGUUGAUGGGUCACCUCGCAUGGCUGUGGGAUAAAUACCCAGGACUUCUGGUACUGACGCCCACGUGCACGUUCGCUGGCUGGAAGAUCGCACAGGAGAGCGACCUGAAAACCCCGGGCUUCAUGGACGGCGAUCGGAGUCUGAGGUGUAUGGAAUAUGUGUAUCUUGCCAACUUCGUGGGCGCACCUGCGAUAUCGGUGCCCAUGGGCUACAACGACGAAGGGAUGCCGAUGGGACUGAUGGCUAUGGCAGAGUGGGCAAACGAAGAGCAGCUGCUCGGAUUCGGUCGGCAAGCCGAAGGGUGCCUGGGCGAAGAGGGCGUUCGCAGGCCAAAAGGCGACGGGCGCUGGGUGGACGCGCUUGAGAUCAGCCAACGCACUUGA